AUGCUCACUUUCAUGGCCUCCGACAGCGAGGAAGAAGUGUGUGACGAGCGGACGUCCCUGAUGUCGGCCGAGAGCCCCACGCCUCGCUCCUGCCAGGAAGGCAGGCAGGGCCUGGAGGAUGGAGAGAGUGCUGCUCAGUGGAGAAGCCAGGACAGCGAGGAGGACCACGAGGAGGACCCUGACCGCUAUGUCUGCAGUGGGGUUCCCGGGCGGCCGCCAGGCCUGGAGGAGGAGCUGACCCUCAAAUAUGGGGCAAAGCACGUGAUCAUGCUCUUUGUGCCUGUCACGCUGUGUAUGAUCGUGGUAGUGGCCACCAUCAAGUCCGUGCGCUUCUACACGGAGAAGAAUGGACAGCUCAUCUACACGCCGUUCACCGAGGACACGCCCUCCGUGGGCCAGCGCCUCCUCAACUCCGUGCUCAACACCCUCAUCAUGAUCAGCGUCAUCGUCGUCAUGACCAUCUUCCUGGUCGUGCUCUACAAGUACCGCUGCUACAAGCAAGGCUUAUCUGGAGAGAACUCCUUGAAUUUCUGUGCCCUCCUCCUCCGUAAAACGGCCACCUGCCAACCUAGUCAGGAAGGCGCCCGAGGAAGAAGGGUUUUCAGGCUUGGGCGUCAGUGCCGAGAACCAGGGCCUCCUCGGCCGGGACCUGUGGUCACGCUGCCCGUUUCCACCCAGUUCAUCCACGGCUGGCUGAUCACAUCCUCCCUGAUGCUGCUUUUCCUCUUCACCUACAUCUACCUCGGGGAAGUGCUCAAGACCUACAACGUGGCCAUGGACUACCCCACCCUGUUCCUGACCGUCUGGAACUUCGGGGCGGUGGGCAUGGUGUGCAUCCACUGGAAGGGCCCCCUGGUGCUGCAGCAGGCCUACCUCAUCAUGAUCAGCGCGCUCAUGGCCUUGGUGUUCAUCAAGUACCUCCCGGAGUGGUCCGCCUGGGUCAUCCUGGGCGCCAUCUCUGUGUACGAUCUCGUGGCUGUGCUGUGCCCUAAAGGGCCGCUGAGAAUGUUGGUAGAAACUGCCCAGGAGAGAAACGAGCCCAUAUUUCCUGCCCUGAUAUACUCAUCUGCCAUGGUGUGGACGGUAGGCAUGGCCAAGCUGGACCCCUCCUCUCAGGGAGCCCUUCAGCUCCCCUACGACCCAGAGAUGGAAGAGGACUCCUAUGACAGUUUUGGGGAGCCUUCGUACCCUGAAGUCUUUGAACCCCCGCUGCCUGGCUACCCGGGCGAGGAGCUGGAGGAAGAAGAGGAAAGGGGCGUGAAGCUGGGCCUCGGAGACUUCAUCUUCUACAGCGUGCUGGUGGGCAAGGCGGCGGCCACGGGCAGUGGGGACUGGAACACCACGCUGGCCUGCUUCGUGGCCAUCCUCAUCGGUUUGUGUCUGACCCUCCUGCUGCUUGCGGUGUUCAAGAAAGCGCUACCCGCCCUUCCCAUCUCCAUCACGUUCGGCCUCAUCUUCUAUUUCUCCACUGACAACCUGGUGCGGCCUUUCAUGGACACGCUGGCCUCCCACCAGCUCUACAUCUGAAGGGCGCGUGGCCACCGGGGCCGGAAGCUGUAGGAAAUGGUCACUGGACGCAGUCGUGUAGUUGUACACUCUAGUGCCAUAUAUUCUUAAGACUUUCCUCUCCUCCAAACACAAAACACAAAUGAGGAUUAGAAAGUGUUGUGCUUACUGGCUGAAGAGGCAGAACCAGCUCUUCGGUGCCAGCUGUCUCUCAUCACCAGGCCGAGGCUCGCCCCCUCGUGAGCACUCGCUUCAGCGACAGGAAACGUGGGGAGUGGGGUCGGAGGAGCUGAGGAAGAUCCCAAGAUGCCUGCCCUCGCCCCUCAGCCUGGAAGACGAGCCUGUGUUUGAAACCCGGAGCCCUGCCCAGGACCGCAUGUAGUGCCGGGUCACUCUGGCCGAAAGGGAAAAGCCAAUUUUCUCUGCAAGAAAUGUUCCCAAUGCCUUGUCUAUGAUGGCAGCAUUAUUUUAUUACCUUUAGAAACUGAGUCCUUGUUACAGCAGUUACUGCUGGGAAGUGUCUUAACAUGAGUAUCAAUAAAUAGAAGAAUCCUG